CUUCCUUCAUAGGAACUGAGUCUAAGAUGAAGUUAUGGGAUGUUUUGGCCACGUGUUUGUUGCUCCUGAGCUCCGUCUCCACACGCCCCCUCUACCAAAACCUUCAGCCAGCCAAGAGAGCUCACUACUCGGAUUGGUACAGUGAUUCUCUGUCCCUGUCUGUGGAGGAACCAGAGCCAGAGUUCCAGUCAGAGUCUCACAGCCUGCAGGAAAUCUCCAUGGAGGAUAAAUGUAAGUCAAGAAUCUGAUAGUGUUUUAUCACCUGCUGAAGUGUGAGUCAAAUAUACUUUCUUCUGAUUAAAGCUACAAUUCUUGGUUGCUACAUCCAUUUUUGGACUUGAUAUAUACCCAUUGAUUUUUGGAGAAUAUAACUUAUAAAUGCCUCAUGAGCUUAGUUCAACUGUCAUACCCCAUCAGAGCCCAAAAUAUAAGCUUGUUUUACAUUGUAAACAAUGUAAAUGUAAACAAACACUGUAUAGCCACAAAGCGUGGUUUAGAUCAUGGAUGGUCAGUCCUUGUAUCCAUAGCUCUGUAUAUUAAUUUGAGAGUGCUUACGUUUCUCCAGGCCAAUCCAGCUUUUUACCAAAACAGAGGCGGGGUCUGCUUUGUUAUUAAUUCAAUUAAGGACUCUAGCUUUAAGAUCAGACUGUGUUCUAGAAAAGGAUUCUCUUAUAGAAGACUAAUAAAGUUGCUUGAUGAGGCUCUGUUGCAAAACCAUAGCCAUAAAGUGACUGCAGUACUCAGUACUCAAUUGGCUCUCAGUUCCUUGAAGUGUAUAUGGGUUUGAAGAGGGUGACAAAAAACGGCCGCUGGAAAUGCACAUUCAACAUACCAUUUAUGGUUUGGUACUUAGUUUGUUAAAAGGCCUGAUUACCAAAACAAACGUGGUAUACUCAGCCCAAACAUGUAACCCAAACCUUAGAGAGGAUAGAUAUAUGUUUAUGUGAUGGCCAUAGGUUGCCAUGUGUUCCGUAUUGCACAUACAGUAUUAUGUGUUUUAAAUAGAGUACCAGUGACCCCUGGUAGGAACAGGCUCUCCUCAGGUUCACACUUGGGUUAAAGUCUUGCAAGCCAUGGCCUUUUGCUCUGGAUCAUAUUGUAGCAACUAGCAAGGCAAGCAUAUCCCAAAUAAAGGGACAACAGUCAAUGUAAUUGAGGGCUGAUUUUUGAAGGGCACUUCAACUGAGGCACCCAUGGGGCCAGACCAGUCAUUGAUAAAUCCUGAUGACUACCUAGUUCGAAGCAGUUUGUCUAACAGCAGGUUUAAUUAAACAGCUUUCUCUACUGCUGCGGGUAGCAUCACGCUGAUGGUAAAAACAUCCAUGCGGCAGAAGGAGCAAGAAAUAGUGACUGCGGCUCCUCAGUCCCAAACACAGAGGUUAGCGCUGACAUUCCUUUUACUUGUUUAUCUUCAACCCCGUCUCUCUGGGACUGCAGGACCUGUUCCCUCUCCCUGUCAGGAAAACAUAGCGUGUUGUGUUUUAUCCCAAACCAAGUUAGAGUAGAGGAACAUGGAAACAGAUGCCGAUCACAGGAGAAAGACUGGACAAUACGGCAGAGUCAAAACCAAGAAGGGAGCGCACAAUAUUGUGUUUAGGUUCAUUUUAGCAGCUUCGAGGGCAUGGAAUUCCAUUUGUUUAAAAGAACAUAACACUGUCUUGACUUUACACAGUAGUAAACUGUGCAGCGCUCUAGAUAAGGCAUGGAACAUUUAGAACAGAUAAAUGUUUUUCCCCUCACCUCAUAUUCGGUUAGCAGAGGUGAGUGACAUCACCUCAGCCUGUUCUGUAACUUAAGACCAUUAACAAUGCACCAAGGUGUAAACAUCCCUGGAACUCAAUGGGAGGUUUGGCCUUUUGUUUCGGGUGCGAUGUCUGUGGUAAGCGAUGAAUCUUGUACCCGUUCCAAGUAACCUUUGGAGGCAAGUGUCUCUGCAGCUGAUCCACUGCCUCUAGAGAUACUUGUGUCUGCAGGACAGAAAAUGUGCACAAGGCUUCUGGUGCAUGCUCCACUAGGCUAGAAAACGAUGUGAAGUGAAGUUUUUAAUAAACAAAUAUUUGUUUACCUUGUCAGGACUUCACUUUGUUCUCAGUGGAGCGUUGCACUGUCAGACUUCAGAACUGAUCUCUAAAUCAUAACAAACAUGAUUCUGGAUAACAUUUGAAACAGGUGCAUUGGAGAGCCGGGAGGUGUUGCUGUGGUUUGGGCUGUUUUGCUGUGGAACAAUUCUGUCUGUCAGCUAGCGUAGAAUAGGAGCUAUCCCUGUCUAUUCUAUUGUCUAUCAGCUGAUAGCCACACAAUAGAAGGUGUUUAAAUCAAAGGGCACAGGGUGUCUAAACAGAUUGGUCCCUGGCUCACCCGAUACCGCCGCGACGGCCCAAAUCAGCCGUGGAGCUGGGUGGAUCAGAUGACCUGUACCCUGACAGUGGGACAGGUGAGACAGGUGAUACCCAACGGCAAAAAGAGGCUGGGUUACUGACACCUCCACCUGCCAGACAGACAGACUACACAACCUGCCUGGGUGCCCUGUGCCCACCACACACAGGCCAGUCAACUGAGGCCUGGAGUAAUCAUGCCAAGGCCAGCUUUACUAACCCCACCUCCACCAACUGAAUACACAGACACACAAAGGUAGCCACAAACACACAUUAAAACAUCAAAAAACAUCAUACACCUGACAUUGAUAUUGGGUAAUAUGAUUAGUGUCAUACUAAUUGAGUCAUUUAACAAUAAUGUUUUCUGUGAUCUUCUGAGUGGGUUGCCAGAUGUUUAAGCGAUGCGGAGAAGGAGCAGGAGGGAGUUUACACUAUAAUGGAAUCAACGUGUAUUACAUGAGGAUCAAAGGGCACUCUGGGGUUUUGUUCCGCUCUGCAGAUGGCGGAGGGCUUCCUGCAUGUUUUGAAUUUGAAAUAGAAUAAGUGCUGAAGAGAGAUGAAAUCUGCUCUCUCCAUGUCACAAUCCAUAUGAUUCCAUUCUAGUGGUACUUUGAAGCUCUGAUACAGUAUUUUAAAAGGGAAAGAGAAGGUGGUCUGUUCCAAGAAGUAUAACUAGGAUUACUAAGAAAUAUUAAAACAAUCUUCUGUAUGGCACUGUCAACUGUUACAGUUAUUGAAGCAUUGCUACCUUGUUACGGGGAUACUCAUUAUUGAUUUAACAUUCAAAUUGCUGCCAUUACUAUUUUUACUUAUAUUAUUUAUUACUACAGUAUAUGUUGUGACUUUAUUGCAUUUACUUUACUAUUUCCUCUUUGCAUCCUCUGUCUUUUACAGAUGAUAUCACAGGCCCAUAUCCGGACCAGUUUGAUGAUGUGAUGGAUUUUAUCAAGGCUACCAUUGGCAGACUGAGGAGAUCAUCAGAGCCCACCGGCGGCUCAAGGGGAAGGAGGGAGCAGAGAGAGCAGGAGAGACAGAGAGGAGCAGCAAACACAGACCGAGGAGGAGGAGAAGGAAGAGGAGAGGGGAGAGGAGGACGGGCGAGAGGAGGACGCGCAGAGAAGAAGAAGGGUCGGGGGCGAGGGGGCAAAGGGAGGAGCAGUGAAAGAGGGGGGCAGCGGACGAAGCCGGUUGAAGGCCGUGGCUGCUUGCUAAAAGAGGUCCAUCUCAACGUAACAGACUUAGGUCUGGGCUACCAGACCAAAGAGGAGCUGAUCUUCCGGUACUGCAGCGGCCCCUGUUCGGACGCAGAGACCAACUAUGACAAGAUCCUCAACAACCUCACCCACAACAAGAAGCUGGUCAAGGACAUACCUUCCCGCACCUGCUGUCGACCAAUCACCUUUGAUGAUGACCUGUCAUUCCUGGAUGACAACAACGAGGACUACCACAUUCUGCAGAAGCAUUCCGCCCGCAAAUGUGGUUGUGUU